AUGUGGAAAUGCAAGAUCUUUGAGAUGAGCAGAGAAAAUUUACUCAGAAAUGGAGCAGGAUGUCUCUCUCAAAAACACUCGGAGUGUGACUCAGCAGAGGGAGAAAACACAGGUCCUAUGGAAGAGCCAGAAACAGAAAACAGUGGGGCAGCCCUGUUCACUGCACUGCCUGACAUUGUAAGCCAUUGUGGACGACAAGUGGACUGGGUGCGUGGUCACCUGCUAGAUGAUGAGAGGGAAGCAGCUGAUGGUCUCUUCUCUCCUCUGCUCCAGUCGGCAUUGGCCUGGGCCCGAGCCUCUGCUCGCUGCCUGAAUUUUAACAGCACGCUGAUCCUGCUUCCUGUGUGUCGAAAUCUGCUGUCUUUCCUGAGGGGCACCUGCUCAUUUUGCAGGCAUGCCCUGAGAAAGCAACUGGAUCACAAUCUCGCCUUCCACAAACUGGUAGCAUAUAUGAUCUGCCUACACACAGCUAUUCAUAUCAUUGCACACCUGUUCAACUUUGAACACUACAGCAGAAGCCGAUGGGCCACAGAUGGAUCCCUUGCUUCCAUUCUCUCCACCCUAUCUCAACAAGAGAGAGAUGAAGAUUCUUGGAUAAAUCCUAUCCAGUCCCCAAACAUGACAGUGGAGUAUGUGACAUUUACCAGCAUCACUGGUGUCACUGGAGUGAUCAUCACAAUAGCUCUGGUUCUCAUGGUGACUUCAGCUAUGGAGUUUAUCCGGAGGAGUUAUUUUGAGGUCUUCUGGUAUACUCAUCAUAUUUUUAUCGUCUACUUCAUUGGUUUAGGGAUUCACGGCAUUGGUGGAAUUGUCCGGGGUCAAACAGAAGAGAGCCUGAAUGAGAGUCACCCACACAGGUGUGCAGAAUUUUUCGAGCAGUGGGAUGAUCAUGACUCCCACUGCAAGCAUCCCCGAUUUGAAGGGCUCCCUGCUGAGGUUGUCAUGCACCCAUUCAAAGUUUUGGAAUUGCAGAUGAGCAAGCGUGGCUUCAUCAUGGAAGUGGGACAGUAUAUUUUUGUUAAUUGUCCUUCAAUCUCUUACUUGGAAUGGCAUCCCUUUACUCUGACCUCUGCUCCAGAGGAAGACUUCUUCUCCAUUCAUAUCAGAGUAGUGGGAGACUGGACAGAAAAUCUCAUAAGGGCUUUUGAGCAACAACAUUCACCAAUUCCCAGGAUUGAGGUGGAUGGUCCCUUUGGCACUGUCAGUGAAGAUGUUUUCCAGUAUGAAGUGGCUGUGUUGGUCGGAGCAGGAAUUGGGGUCAUCCCCUUUGCUUCCAUCUUAAAAUCUAUCUGGUACAAGUUUCGGCACGCAGAUCACAACCUUAAAACACAAACGAUCUAUUUCUUCUGGAUCUGUAGGGAGACAGGUGCCUUUGCCUGGUUCAGUGACCUAUUGGCUUCUCUGGAACAUGAGAUGGAAGAAUUAGGCAAAGUGGAUUUUCUAAACUACCGUCUCUUUCUCACCGGAUGGGACACCAACAUCGCUGGUCAUGCCGCAUUAAACUUUGACAAGGCCACUGACAUCCUGACAGGUCUGAAACAGAAAACCUCAUUUGGGAGACCCAUGUGGGACAAUGAGUUUUCUACAAUAGCUAAUGCCCACCCCAAGUCCGUGGUGGGAGUCUUUUUAUGUGGUCCUCAGACUUUGGCAAAGAGCCUGAGCAAAUGCUGUCACCAGUACUCCAGUCUAGAUCCUAGGAAGGUUCAAUUCUACUUCAACAAAGAAAAUUUCUGA